UCUUUCGCAACGAAGAACAACAACAUUCCUUCAAUUUUCCAUAUCAACUGGGCACCGGUUCAUUCGACACUCCACAAGAUGCACAAACGUAUACAAUCAAAAUUCAAUGCGGGGAUAUAAUCAUACUCGGAUCUGAUGGAAUAUUUGACAAUCUAUUCGAGGAUGAUAUAUUAGAAGAAAUUAACCGGUUCAUUUGCCCGAGGAAAGGUACCCUUAGGGUUAAACCGCAGAUAAUCAGCGAUGCACUAGCAUAUCGAGCAAAGAAAGCAAGCGAAGAUCUUAACAAUUCAAGUCCAUUUCAAUGUCGUGCCAUGCAAGAAGGCUUAUACUAUGUUGGUGGAAAGAAAGAUGAUAUAAGUGUCCUGGUGGGAGUUGUGACGGAUUCGAAAGAAUUUUCAAACUGA